AUGAAGCUCUCAGUCUUUUUCACCGCCUUGCUGGCAAGCUCUACUGUAGCCCUCAGCGUCCCUCUUUUCCAGAGAUCGACGCCACCACCAACAGUGCAGCCCGCGACAUCGAGGCCUGAGGUUGAUCCUAAUUUCGGAAGACCGACUGAUCCUUUCGGAAAACCGACUCACGAAAAACGAGACACAAACGAUGACGAUGACGAUGACGAACCUGUCGCCCGUAAAAGGUCAUCUGCGAUGUUCCCGGGCAGCCGUCGCGCCCGCAAGAGAGACGCCGGACUCAUUUCAGGGCUACCCUUUGGUCCUAUUGGCUCCGAUAAGGUCGAUGAUGCCCCUGCUGCAAGCAAGUAG